UGAUUGUCCCUGAUCAUGCCUUCUCCUGCCGCCGGUGAGUGGACCACUGCCUCCGACAGCAACGCUCCGCCCGGGGGAGACUCCUCCUCCGCCUGGGACCAGGGGCCUCGGUCUCCCGUGCCCGCGGAUUCCCUCGCUCCGGGGAGAGACGCCGCCGGCCACCCUCCCCGUCAUGGGUGGCCCUUCUUUGCCUCCGACAGCGACGCUCGGCCGGGGGAAGACUCCUCCUUUCCAGUAGACCAUUUCAAACCGGAGUAUUUCGACAAGCUGGCCGGCUACUUUGUCGAGGCGGCCCGGCGCCUCCCCCUCGCUGAGAUCCCCUACCUGGCCUACUGCUUUACACACAGGUCUCUCGCCAUCGGCCUCGCCGACCCCGUCACCAACAUCCUCCUCACCACCAUCGACGCCUUCGCCCACACCGAGCCCUACAGGAUGAUGUAUCCGGCGGACAUUGAGCAAACCAGGAACAAGAUUAGCUUCGCUGCCGCCGCUCGCAGCUCCUGGGUAGCUCUACAAAGAUUCAUGCUCUGCUAUUUUCGGUACCUCGACGCUCCUGAAGCCGACAUUCUACUCCACAAUGCGGGCUUUGACCUUCGCGUUGCCAUUGAAGCCGUUCAGCUCCAUCUUGAUGGUGCCUAUAAUCAUUCUGAGACGCUUGUCCCAGACUCGGCCAGAACCAAGGCAGCAUUUGAGUAUGCCGCUUACCCACGGUGUUCUGCGCCCCACCUCUUGCGUCUAAUGACAUCGAGUUACCCAUGUUGCAUGGUCGAGCCUGUCCUAGAAGAUUUGCGCCGAGGGGAGAAGCUCACAGCUGCAUGCAUCUACAAGCUCUGUGAGCUGCUGCGCAAUCCAUGGUCGCCGCCGCCGCAGUCAGGCCCCCCACCUCCUACUCCUGGAACUUUUCGGGACAGUAGCGGCGCCCUCAGCCACAUUGUCUGCUUCGGAAAUGGUUCUUUCGUCACGACCCGCAUCUCAAAGGACGGUGUCGCCACAGCCACCUUCACUGCAUCUCCUCCUACUUAUGCCCCUGAUUUCUCAAAAGACGCAACCAAUUUGCUAAGCAUGUUCCCAAUCCACCCUGGAAGACUACUAGUCAGCCACAGAGACUUUUGCUCGGUGACCUUAGAGAGCCCAGAUUUCCUGCCUUUUCUCAGAUUGCAGCUGCUUGACAUGGUCCAUUUGGUAUAUCUGAAAGCCAUCGCCAUGCUACCGGUUCGUGCUCUACGCGAGGGCCACCUCCUCCACUCGCUAGUAACAGCCGGUCACUGCUACGGACCGUUGGACCCUGUGGCCAAUGUUGUCAUCAACACAAUUUGGUACGAUGCUCUGUUCCCGCUCUCCAAGGAUGUUGCUUCCAAGCUUGCAGCAGCGGAUAUUCUCGACGCCAGAUCCAUGCACCGUAUUGAAUCACGUUCAAUCGACGGUCUGGUUGCCUACCUCUGCAGAUCCCCCUCAAUAGUAGGUGAGCAAGCUGCUGUGACGCUCCUCUGCAGAGCUCGCUCGGACAUACCAAUCUUGGACCUAACCAAUAUGUGUGAUGUGGCACAGGCCGCGAAACAUCCCCAGCCUGCUGCAUUUGGGGAAUUUCUCGAACGUCAGUCCAUUCCAGGGUUAUACCAACUGUACUGCCAUGCUAGGGCACAUGAAGAUCCAGAUAGCGCUUUUGAGCGGAUAAAGAUGGCGCUAGUCCAGUCAACACGUGUUGCACCAGUACAAAGAAGUGCUCAGGACAUAGACACAUCAGCUGCUUUGGAGCGGCUAAGCAUAAACGACACGCCAGCCUUGGAGAUGCUGUCCGCAAGGAGGUCGUCCUUCAUGUCUAAACAAGCUCAUAGACGUGGAGUGUUGGAACAUUUGCUGAUUUGCUAUGGCUACAAUGAUCCUCUGGCACCACUAUACAAGCUGGGUGUCAUCUGUGGAGUGACAAGUGAAACAAACUAUAGAUACACGUCUGUUUUCCAUGCCAAUUUUUUGGCUAGCUCGGAUGGUGGAUUAUCAUGGAAGCUGUUUUUCGCUGAAUUCUGGAGGAACCAACCAGAUAAUAGAAUUGAAGAACCAAAAAAGUCCUUCUGCUGCCCUAUACCGGAUGACCACAAAUAUCCCGGUCGUUGUGUUGUUUGCGAGAAUGAUUCGAGUGUCAUCAUCCAUCCACAGUCGCGCAAGUAUUACAUGGGACACUCAGUUAUAUUUCCGCUACCAGUCAGCCUUGUGGCUGAUACUGAGGAAUUGGACUUUGACGUAAUUUACUCAAGUGAAGGUGGUGGAGGAGUAGUAUGUGGUCCUGCAACCGGGGGAGUGAAUGAACGGCCGCUUCUCAUGUAGAGGCUACCAACCCAUGAGCAAGUCCAACAGCACCCCUACAUUUUCUUCCCUAUAUCUUCAUGUAGGGGACACCCCUAAAAAGAUUCCUCCCCUAUAUUUUUCUUCUUUCCAACAGCUCCCCUAUAAUUCCUCCCCAAUGUCAUAUUCACAUGUAUUUUAAUAAUGUAGAGCCCACAUGUAAAAUUUAUAACAAGACAUAAACAUGGGUUGGGGCAUGUAUAGGGGGCACCUCUACAACCCCAAUGCAUAGGGGAGAGAGGGGGGUUGAGUUGGGGACACCAAUAUUUAGGGGAGGCUAUAGGGGAGCUGUUGGAGCCAUAUUUUUCUUGUUUCUUCCCUAUGUUUGGUAUAGGGGUGGUUAUAAGGGUGCUGUUGGACUUGCUCAGGCCCUAAUUUAGUUUCUGAUAGCUUUCUUGUUACAACACAAGAACUUAACUUGUCAAACAUAUCCUGUAGUUUCAGUACUUGCUCAGGAGUCAGAACCAUGUGUGUGAGAAUGUGGAAUCUUGACCAGAUUUGAUACAUCAGUUCUAGCCUAUCCACUUUAAAUUCCUCUUAUUGUUUCAUGUCUCCGAAAAGUGGAUUAUGAGAUGUGAGGCCAUGAGCUAGCUAUACCAUAUUAUUGAAUCUCAA